CACCAAAAUGUGGGAUGUGAACCGGCUCUUAUCGUUGACUUAAAAGAGUCGGCUCUUUGAACCGGCUCGUUCGUGACCGACACAUCACUGGCUCACACACAUUGUGAAGAUGGCUGCCUCCAUCUCAGCAUUAUUAAAACCUUGGACACCGAGGGUGUUCCUGGUGAGGUGGAGCAGAUACAACCCGUACUAUCUGGAGCCAGAGGUCAGGAAGGAGGCCUACAGCACGCCAGAGGCUGAGCUGAGCGCUGAGGAGAAGGAGGAGCGGAAGCUCAAAACGCUCCGACCCAUCAAGGCGGCAACCAGCGGAGUCACCAGCUCUGUUUUCGACGACCAGGUCCUCAGUAAAUUCGUCAACAUGAUGAUGGAGGAUGGAAACAAGGUUUUGGCCAGAGAGAUCAUGACAAAUACUUUGGAGAGCAUAAAGAGGAAACAGGUGGAGAAAUACCACAAAGCUCCAGAAGCGCAGAAAGACGAGAUCGAGUGUAACCCCUACACCAUCUUUCACCAGGCUCUGGAGAACUGCAAGCCUGUGGUCGGGCUGGCCAGCAUACAGAAAGGUGGAAAGUACUACCAGGUGCCCAUCCCUCUUUCGGACAACCGCCGUCGAUUCCUCGCCAUGAAAUGGAUGAUCACAGAGUGCAGGGACAGCAAACACCGACGCACACACAUGUAUGAAAAGCUUUCCCAGGAACUGCUGGCAGCGUCCGUCAAGGAGGGCAACGUCAUCAAGAAGAAGAUCGAGCUGCACAAGAUGGCCGAAGCCAACAGAGCCUACGCUCACUACCGCUGGUGGUAGAAAAACAAACGUUUCAAAGACGCAUGGAAGAUUCAGCAACAAAGCGCUUCUGUAAAUACACCGUGGAAGGACUACGCUGUAAAAAGUGCUAUAGGACUACAGUGAAACAUAAAAGGGUAACAUGGACUACUGUCACUUUUUGUAUUGAGAAAUUGCAUCAUGUAAGAUAUACAGUCAUGCUCAGUUGUAUCGUUAAUAAACACAUGAUUGAAGAAAAAACUUCCAAGAUUUAUUAGAACAAAUAAAUUUGCAUUAAAUGUACAACCCAACCAUAAAAAAUGGAAAUGUAAAAAUGCAACAGUGUAAUAAAAUAUAUAAACAGAU